AGCACAGUUUGUUGGCACUACUAGGUUCCUUUAGUCUCAAGGUACUACCAAAACCACGCGCGUCCAUCACAAACCAUUGGCCCAAGCAAUUUUCCAAGCGACCGAUGAAGUUUGGCUGGCCAGCAAUUCAUUUCAUUCUAAUCGGAUUUCCAGUCGCUUCACAUCCGUUGAGACACCAUGACUGGUUCCACCACCGUCGUUCUGGUUAGGGGACUUGUUCUCUUUUUAGCCACUUCUCAUUUUAGUACGGGAGAACCUCGGGGUUUGGGGCGAAAAGCUAUGUUUUCCCAACAGAAUGAGACGACGGCCUCCUUCUCUAAUCGUGAAGGAAAAGUGUUUUCGUUGUUCAACAUCGUCCAAUUCAAGAAUGAAGGUUGCCGCAGUUCAAGCACCAUAAGCAGUGGUGGAACUGGCUCCACCAAUCGAAAUGGAACCUGCUACACGUCUACAGAGUGCACGACACGCGGUGGAUCAGCCGCAGGAUCAUGUGCCGCAGGAUUCGGCGUGUGUUGUGUUUUUUUAAUCUCUCGAUCAGGAGCGACUGUUGCCCAAAACUGUACGUAUUUGCGCAAUCCCAAUUUCCCCAAUUCUUACUCGGAAACGUCCCAAGUGUCAUAUACCGUUCAGAAAUGCGACAACAGUGUGUGCCGAUUACGAUUAGACUUUGAAUCGUUUACGCUCUUGGGAACGGGAAACAAUGUAGAAGUGUUCGAUGCAACGUCCGAAGGAGGAAUGUGCAGGGAUAUGUUCACUGUCUCCUCCAACACUGGCAAUUCGUUGCCCAUCAUUUGUGGACAAAACACCGGACAACAUAUCUAUGUGGAAAUGGGUUGCUUGUCUUCUGACACGGUCACGCUCAAUUUCAAUUUUGACGGAUCCACGGCUGUGAGAACCUGGGAGAUCAAAGUGACUCAAGUCAAGUGCAACACCGAGGGACAGCCUCGCAAUUGUGGCUGCCUUCAGUACCACACGGGUCUGACCGGCCGAUUAACCACGUUCAACUUCCUUCCCACGAAUGACAACCACUUGGCCAAUCAAGAGUAUUCGAUUUGUAUUCGUCAAGAGGCUGGUAUGUGUUGCGUGGAGUAUGUUCCUUGUGCCGAUGCUGGCUCAUAUUCGUUGGUGGCUGGACUAGACACUGAUGCUAACCAACAGGACUCGGCAUGCAGCAAAGACUACGUCGGCAUUGAAGGAGCGAGUGCCACUUGCAAUGCCAGUCCCGGGGACACAUUAUUCUCCAGAUUUUGUGGCUUUGCAUUCACUACUGACGCAGCCCUUUUGAUCAACAUGCCUAUUUGCGAUUGUACGAAACCUUUCCGGGUGGACAUCGUCACCGAUGCUGUUGCAGAUGUUACCGCUGGCACAGACAAUACCCGACAGUCAAGAGGUCUAUGUCUAGAAUAUCGACAAAUCCCAUGUUAAACAGGACCAAACAGAGGAAAUAUUCAUACGGACAAAUGUAUCGCAGCAACAAGAGAAUAAAACAUGUUUUUCAAAAAAUUCUUCAAUUUCAA